AACAACCAGUUUACGAACAACCGUCUACAACUGUGAACAAACCUGCUCUCUAACGAUUCAAAAGCCUCCCAACGCCCUCUGCCUGAAAGCGCUCGCAAUUGCUCUUUUGCCAAUCUCGCCCUGUAGGCCCGGCGUUCUUCAGGCUAUUGCCCUUUCUAGCUUUAAAGGAAAGACUUUGAGUAGUUAAUCCAUCCACCGCUCGCGACUACUCGCCAGCUUUCCGCUCGCUCGUUCCUGAACGUUCCCAGCAGCAUGCUCAAGCGUGCCCCGGCCUCUGACGACGUCCGGCCCGCCCUGAGGGCAAGGACCAGCAGCAUCCAGCCGAACGCAAUCAGGGCCGGAGCUCAGGCGUCCAAGCCAUUCGUGCCGGCGGCAUCCGCCACGAGCUUGGACCACAUCGUGCGGAGCAUCGACUUGGAGGGCCAGCGCGCCUUCGUCACCGCGCUGCAGAGUGACGACGCUGUGCGGUUGCGCUCUUGUUGCCGUGUGUUGCGGAAUGUGGUGGACUUCCACAUGACCCGUGUGCACAUCACUGUCGCGGAGCCCGGCGCUGACGCCCCGGGCUCCCGCGCACCAGGGUAUGCCCCGGGCACGCCCCCCGCCCCCGCCCCUCCUCCUCCCCCGCCUCCCCCGCCGCUCAUGCUGGCCCCACACGCCGCCGCUCCCCAUGCCAUUCCCUAUGCCCAUGCUGUUGCUGCUGCUGUUGCUGCUGCCCCGCUUCCCCCGCCAGCACCUGCUCACGCCCUCCCCGGCGGGCUGCCCCCCGCCCCCCUCCCUCCCUCCCCCAGCCCCCCUGACCGGCACGCCGACUGGUGGCACGCCACGCUCCCCCGCCUCGUCACCUCUGCCCUCACCUUCGCCGCCAACAAAUGGACUCACCUGUCGCACAUCCGCCUCGACCUGCACGCCGCUUCCCUCGCGCCACCAGACGACACGCCGCCUGCCGCCGCCGCCGCCGCCGCCGCCGCCGCCGCCGCUGCCGACCCGCUCGGCCCCAUCAACGGUAGCCGCGGCGUCAGCGCCCGAUACGCAGCCGCCUUUGCCGCCGCGGCCGCUGCGGGUGUGCGCCUGCCCGGCGUGACGUCGCUGCAGCUGCGGGUCAGCAGUGCCGAGCUGUGGGCAGUUGCGGCGGCGGAGGCCGCGGCUGCCGCGGAUGAGCGCCGCUGGCCCAUGCCGGUUCCUGAAGCGACAGAGGUGGCGGCGGCGGCGCUGCGGCGGCGGGCGGCGGCGCCACUGGUGCUGAGCCCUGCGCUGGCGGCGGCGCUGGCGGCGCUCUUCCCGCGCCUGGCUGAGCUGUCGUUGGUGGGCCCCUGGGCCAGUCCUGACAAGAGCGAGGCGCACCUGCUCCACGCCCACGUGGACCCCUUCCUGCCCGUGCUGCAGCAGUUGCAGCAGAUGCAGGACGUGCACAGCCGCCGAGACCGCCUGCGUGCCGCCGCCGCCGCCGCCUUCGCCGCCCUCUCCCCCGCCGCGCUGCCCGCCCUGACGCGACUGCGCCUGCCCGUGCGCGUCGCGGCCAGCCGCCACCUGCGCCUGCUCACCGCCACUCGCGCCCUCACCAUCAGCGGUGAAGACCUGCGCCCGCUGCCCUCCCUCGCGGUGGAGAUGGCGCGUGUGUCUGUGGGCGGCGAGGCCGGCGCGGACCCGGGCCGGCCCACUCGCAGCCAGCUGGCGCUGCAGCCGCUGACGUGUCUCGAGGAGCUGACGCUGACGCACGUGCGUGUGCAUCGGCUGCUGGCUGCGGGCGGCGGGGCAGCCGAGCGACCGGCCAGCCUGCAGCGCAUCCGCCUGCUGCAAGCUUCCUACCUGCUCCCUCCCGACGUCCCGACGGCUGCCGCCGCCGCCCCUGACGCCGCCGCCGCCGCCGCGCUGCUCCGCUCCGCCGCCGCCACGGAGCUCCACAUCCACCACCUGCUGCUGGACUGGCCGUCGCGGCUGCUCAGCGUGGCAGUGCUACAGCCCAACACCGCACCCGCUGCUGCCACUGCCACUACUGCCGCCGCCCUCGGCACCAGCACUGGCGUCCUCCGCCUGGGCACCACCGCCGGCAACAGUGCCAGCCGCUGCCGUCGCCGCCAGCGCCACCGCCUCGGCCGCGGCUUCGGCCGCCGUGCCGGUCUGGGUGGCUUUGAUGACUUUGGUCCGGGCUGGGAGCCGUCGCCGCCGCUGGAUGUGCCUCAGCUGGCGGCGCUGGUCCGGUCUCUGGCGGCGCCGCUGGGUCUUGACGUGCUGCACGUGGACGCCGUGGAUGUCACGUGCCGCCAGCACUCGGAGCACAUUCUCACUGCCGCAGUCGCCGCCGCCGCCGCCGCCGCGGGUGGUGGUGGUGGUGGUGGUGGCGGUGGCGCAGGUGCCGGCGGCGCAAACGCCCUGCCGGUGCUGGAACGGGCGUGGCGUGUGCUUGAGGCCUUUGCCGCCGGCGGUCCUGGCGCAGUGCUUGCUCUGGAGCCGACACCUGCUCCACCGCCCCCGCAGCACCAACAGCACCAACAGCAGCAGCAGCAGCAGCAGCAGCAGCAGCAGCAGCAGCAGCAAGAGCCCUGGGCGGCGCCCAUGGUUGAGCCUGUGCCGGUGGCAGGCCAGUUGCCGCCGGCUGUGCUACCGGCUGCGUUUGCGGCCGGCGAUCUGCCGCUGCAGCUGCCGCCGCUGCCGCUGCAGCUGCCUGCUGCGGUGCUGCCGCCACACCUGCUGCAGGACCAUCCAGCUCCCGGCCCUUUCAUGUUCAACAUACCUGGCCCGGCCAUGUUUGUCUUCGCCCCUGCUCCUGGCAUGGCCGUCCAGGCUGCCCUCCCCGUCCUCGCCCCCGCUGCCCUCGCCCCCGUCGCCGCUGCCUUUCCUCUCUUCGCCCCCGCCCCCGCCGUCGGUCAGUUUCCUCCUCCCGCCGCCCUCGCCGCCGCCGCUGCCCCCUUCCUCGCCGGCCCCUUCGCCCCCGCCCAUGCCCCCGCUCCCAUCCCCGCUGCCGCUGCCGCCCAGCCUCCUCCUCCUCCCGCCGCUGGCCCCGCCCCACCACUCCCUCCCCUCCUGGCCAACGUACAACUCGCAGCCAACAUGGCCGUCCAUCUGCUAGCCCCACCGCCGCUGCUGCCGCCGCCACCCCAUGCCAACGGCGGCCCAGCCGCCGCCGCCGCCGCCGCUCCCCAGGCUCCCGCUUAGCUGCAGGGGCAGGAGGCGGCGCGUGCGCAGUUGCUUCACCUUCGCCAGCAGUACAGUCGCGGAGAUGUCGCCACCAUCGCAGCAGCAGCCACUGCCGCAGCUGCGGCCGCCGCCACUGCGGACCCAGCCGCCGAGGAGGCCUCCCUCCUUGCCGCCGCCGACACCGCCGUCGCCGUGGCCGCCACCGCCGCCUGCACCCUGCCCCUCCCCGUGGCUCCUACGCUCCCCGCUGGCGCCGCGCCUGAUGCGCCUCACGCCGCCCCAUCUGCCGCCCGCGGCGCCCGCGCCCGCGCGAUCCAGCCUCCUCCUCCUCCCCCUCGCGAGCGGCUGCUGUUGGGCCGUGUAACCACUGACCUGUCCCUGGCCUCCGCCGUGCGGCUGCAGCGCCUGGUAAAAGGCUGCGGCGGCGCAGGCGGCGGUGCGGUGACGACCGUGGAGGUGGUGCCCGACAGCAUCAGAGGCAGCACUGACGGGUGUGUGGAGCUGCUACGGCUGCUUCCCAAUGCCGCACCCGCCCCUGGACCUGCCCCCAGUGCUACUGCUGCCGCCGCUGCCUCCGACAGUCUUGCUACUGCCAAUGCGGCGGCAGCGGCGGCGGCGCGGCGCUUGCCUCGCCACCUAGUGCUGAAUUGCGCAUCCGGCUUUGCUCUGAGUCAUGCUCAUCAGGAUUUGGAGUCGGAUCCGGAUCAGCACCAGCAUCCCGCCGGCCUGCCGCCAGCCGUGGCGGCAGCAUUGAUGGGUCUGCGGUGGCGGCGCGGUGGCAUCGAUGCCCGCAGCCGCGGCCGCAGCCGCCGCCUGCCGCUUGACCUUGUGGCGGCGGCGCUCGCCACCUGGCCGCCGGGGGCCCUGCAGUCCGUGACGCUGCUGCCUGGUGCGGAUCGGGACUGGCGCAGCGAGGGUGACACCGAUCUGACUCUCUGCGUCGGUGAGCAGCUGCAGGACCAGGCGCGCCGUCGCCUGCACCGCCUCCACCCAGGCAGCCUCGAUGUGGACGGCAAGGCCCGGCGCCUGCUGCGCCUGCUGUGUGGCGCAGCACAGCUACUGGGCCGCAGUGGCAGCGGCACCAAUGGCGGUGGCGGCGGCGGUGCCAUUGACACAGCCGCUGCUGCUGCCCCCUGCACUUCUCUCGCCCCUGCCCCUGCCACUGUGUUCCCUGUGUGGCUUGCCCGCCCACCCAGCCUGCAGUCCGGCACUGCUGCCACCGCGGCCGCCCACACUACCACGAUGUGUGAGGCUGUGGCGGAGGUGCUGCCGCGCCUGCUGCGGCUGCUGCCCUGCGGCUGGUUCCUGUACGUGGGGCGCGGCAGCGAGCAGGAGCUGGCGCAGUGCUUGGAGGUGGCGGCGGCUGCCGCGGCGUCAAGUGGUGACCCUCGCGCCCACGACAGCCGCCUGCGCUACAGUGGGGCCGUGUGGAUGGCGGUGCUUCCUGAGCACAGGCGCCAGGGCGUGUGUGUGGAGGGCGUGUUUGCCGGCAGGCUUGAGUGCGUGGGCGAGGGCCGCUGCUGCAGUGAGGGCGGCGCCGGUGCAGUGCCAGCACCGCCCGCCGGCCCGCAGCAACAGCAGCAGCAGCAGCCGCCGCAGCAGCAGCAGCUACCGCAUGUGCAACUACCGCCCGGCGACCUGGCGGCGUUUGCAGCGGCGGAUGUGGUUGCGGCGGCGGCGGAAGAUGCAGCAGAGGUGGAAGGGGAGGUGGAGCUGGCAGGCGAGCCUGCUGGUGUGGUGGGCAUGGAGCUGCUGCCUGCCGGCGACCUGGACUGGGCGGAUGGAGAUGGGGAUGGGGAUUUGGAUCUGGACGCGGCCCUGAAUCUGGAUUUCCCGAUGAUGAUGGCAGCAGCUGGUGGACUUGAUGACAAUGACGUGUGGGGAGCUGCUGCCGCCGAUGGCGAUGGUGACGAGGUGGCUGUCGGCGGCGGCUCUGUCGACCUGAUGGAUGUGGACGACGGCUGAGCCGCAGGAGCAAGUGGCGUUUCCAAUGACAUGGCUAGGCGCUGGCUGCGACUGUCUGCAAGGAGAUUCCAAGUUGUGUUGUUGACUUGCUGUGUGCUGCUGUACCGUCUGCACCUGGAUGUUUCCAUGGAGACUCCCACUUGUGUACGGUGACUGACUUGCUGCGUGCAUGUUGCGCCUGUGCGUAAGGAGAUUCCCGAUGUUGUGUUGCUAUGCAGCUAUGGGCAUGCCGGGGCUGUUUGCAAGGAGAUUCCAUUAGGCUGGCAUUUGUCAGGUCGAGGCCUGACGCUGUUCCGUAUUGACGUGAGAAACUGAGAUUGGGGACAGACCCCUAACAACACUUGGCAAAACGCCGGCCAUUGUAACUGUUGAUGCCAAAUUCAUGUUCCCUCCUGGCCUCCUUGCUGUCAUGGGGUUGGGCUGGCUGGGGUUGGUGCACGGUACGGAGCAUGUGCCAGGCAGGGUCGUGGCCUCGUGGGAACUGGGCAGAGAUGGGGCCUGAGUAGGGUAGUGAUUGCAGCCAGGGCUCAGCAUGCGGACCUGCCAACGUGCUCGCUCGCUCACAGUCAGCGAAGCUAUGGGUAGGUUCAGGCUUCAGCGGUAUGUGAUGUUAGAGGGUAUGCGGAGGGUUGGAUGCGAGGCCGUAUGGUUGCGAUAUUACAAAGAAGGGACAAUCCGACCAAGCAAGGGUGCCCAGCACCCAGGUCAAGAGGGACCAUCUCCGGCCCGAAAGGAAACCACC